CGCGGAGCGAGGCGGCGGCGGCGGGGCCGGGCCCCGGGCCCCCCCGGGCUGGGUACUGGCCCAGGCCCUGACUCCCUGAAGAGAGAUGAAGAAACCCAGAUUCAGAGAGGUUCAGACACUUGCCCGAGGUCACACAGCUAGUCUCACCUCCCACUCCUCCUGUCUUCUCACCGCACCAUGGCUCCGGGCCCCUUCUCCUCGGCGCUCCCCUCGCCACCACCUGCUGCCCUGCCUUUCCUGCUGCUGCUCUGGGCGGGGGCAUCUCGCGGCCAGCCCUGCCCCGGCCGCUGCAUCUGCCAGAACGUGGCGCCCACGCUGACCAUGCUGUGCGCCAAGACGGGCUUGCUUUUCGUGCCGCCGGCCAUCGACCGGCGCGUGGUGGAGCUGCGGCUUACCGACAACUUCAUCGCGGCCGUGCGCCGGCGGGACUUCGCCAACAUGACCAGCCUGGUGCACCUCACCCUCUCCCGCAACACCAUCGGCCAGGUGGCGGCCGGCGCCUUCGCGGACCUCCGUGCCCUCCGCGCCCUGCACCUGGACAGCAACCGCCUGGCGGAGGUGCGCGGCGACCAGCUCCGUGGCCUGGGCAACCUCCGCCACCUGAUCCUAGGCAACAAUCAGAUCCGCCGGGUGGAGUCCGCGGCCUUCGACGCCUUCCUGUCCACCGUGGAGGACCUGGAUUUAUCCUACAACAACCUGGAGGCCCUGCCCUGGGAGGCAGUGGGCCAGAUGGUGAACCUGAACACCCUUACGCUGGACCACAACCUCAUCGACCACAUCGCCGAGGGCACCUUCGUGCAGCUUCACAAGCUGGUCCGCCUGGACAUGACGUCCAACCGCCUGCACAAACUGCCGCCUGACGGGCUCUUCCUGAGGUCGCAGGGCACCGGGCCCAAGCCGCCCACGCCACUGACCGUGAGCUUCGGCGGCAACCCCCUGCACUGUAACUGCGAGCUACUGUGGCUGCGGCGGCUUACCCGGGAGGACGACCUAGAGACCUGCGCCACCCCUGAGCACCUCACCGACCGCUACUUCUGGUCCAUCCCCGAAGAAGAGUUCCUGUGCGAGCCCCCGCUGAUCACGCGGCAGGCGGGCGGCCGGGCCCUGGUGGUGGAGGGCCAGGCGGUCAGCCUGCGCUGCCGGGCUGUGGGCGACCCCGAGCCCGUGGUGCACUGGGUGGCCCCCGACGGGCGGCUGCUGGGGAACUCCAGUCGGACCCGGGUCCGGGGGGACGGCACCCUGGAUGUGACCAUCACCACACUGCGGGACAGUGGCACGUUCACUUGCAUCGCCUCCAAUGCCGCGGGAGAAGCCACGGCGCCCGUGGAGGUGUGCGUGGUGCCUCUGCCGCUGAUGGCGCCCCCGCCGGCCGCUCCCCCGCCCCUCACGGAGCCCGGCUCCUCUGACAUCGCCACACCCGGCCGGCCUGGUGCCAACGACUCAGCGGCCGAGCGGCGGCUGGUGGCCGCGGAGCUCACGUCCAGCUCGGUGCUCAUCCGCUGGCCGGCGCAGAGGCCUGUACCCGGCAUCCGCAUGUACCAGGUCCAGUACAACAGUUCGGCGGAUGAUUCCCUCGUCUACAGGAUGAUCCCGUCCACCAGCCAGACCUUCUUGGUGAACGACCUGGCGGCGGGCCGCGCCUACGACCUGUGUGUGCUGGCCGUCUACGACGACGGGGCCACUGCCCUGCCGGCCACGCGAGUGGUGGGCUGCGUGCAGUUCACCACGGCCGGCGACCCGGCGCCCUGCCGCCCGCUGAGAGCCCAUUUCUUGGGCGGCACCAUGAUCAUCGCCAUCGGGGGCGUCAUCGUCGCCUCGGUCCUCGUCUUCAUCGUUCUGCUCAUGAUCCGCUACAAGGUGUACGGCGACGGGGACGGCCGCCGCGGCAAGGGCACGUCCAGGGCGCCCCCGCGGGUCAGCCACGUGUGCUCGCAGACCAACGGCGCAGGGGCGCCGCAGGCCGCACUCCCGCCGGCGCAGGACCGCUACGAGGCGCUGCGCGAGGUGGCGUCGCCGGCGGCCGUCGAGGCCGCGGCCCAGGCGGCUUCCGCGGAGGCGGAGGCGGCCCUCGGACGCUCUCUGGGCGGCUCGGCCACCUCGCUGUGCCUCCUGCCGUCGGAGGAGACUUCCGGCGAGGAGUCCCGGGCCGCCGCGGGCCCUCGGAGGAGCCGUUCGGGGGCCCUGGGGCCGCCCGCUUCGGCGCCCCCCACUCUAGCUUUGGUUCCGGGGGGCGCGUCGGCCCGGCCAAGGCCUCAGCAGCGCUAUUCCUUCGACGGGGACUACGGGGCGCUCUUCCAGAGCCACAGUUACCCGCGCCGCGCCCGGCGGACAAAGCGCCACCGCUCCACGCCGCACCUGGACGGGGCCGGAGGGGGCGCGGCCGGGGAGGAUGGAGACCUGGGGCUGGGCCCGGCCAGGGCGCGCCUGGCCUUUACCAGCACCGAGUGGAUGCUGGAGAGUACCGUGUGA